CUGGGUGAGGAAAUAAAUGAACUCGCUGGCUAUUAAAAUUUGAUAAUUCAUCAUUAUAAUCACAAUACCGGGUUGACUGCAUAUUGCAAUUGCAAGCGGAGAGCAGUGUGGAAAGGAUGUGUGGGUAAUGGUACAUGGGCAGUUUGAGGCACCAUGUCUGAAGAGGCUAUCUCUGGGAGCGAUAUGGAGCCUGGCCUCGACACUGAGGAAGAGGAGGAGGAGGAGGACCAGGAAGAAGAGGAAGAUAACGACGGUGAUGACGAGGAGGACGAUGCAGACCCGCCCCAGAGUGCCCCCGUCGCCAUGGACGACGGGCCUGAGGGAGGGGCCUGUGCGGAGGGGCCGGAGGAGCCACCCUCAACUCCGCCCGCUCCCCUCUCCUCUCCGCCCCGCCCCCUCUCUCCGCUGCACCCCCUCUCUCCGCCCCGCCCUCUCUCUCAGUCCUCGUCCAGCGCCGACAGCCACAGCCCCACCCUGUUCAGCUCCCGGAAGAGACACUGCAAGCCCUCGCACCUCAGGAGGAACAUCCGGAAGCUGUUGAAAGAGCACCAGCUUGAGGCAGUGACCCAGGUUGCCCAGCAGGAGGAGCUAGAGAGGAGAAAGCGUCUGGAACAGCAGAGGAAGGAUUUCCCAGCCCCACCCCUACCUGAGUGCCCCGCAGGUGAGGUGGUUGUGCAUGCGGGGCCGGGGGCGGGGCCAGGGGAGGUGAUCUGCCUGGACAGCAGCGCCAGCGAGGACGAAGUUCCCACACCACCCCCGUCUCAGCACAGUGGAGAGGACGUGAUCGAGCUGAGCUCGGGGGACGAGGACGCCCAGCGCAUCAGCAGCGAGUCGGCCAAUGAGGAGGAGGACACGCCCGGGGCGGAGGAGAGCGGCGGCGCGCACGUCAACGACGCCCUGAACCAGCCCGACGCCCUGGGCCGCGUGCUCGUCAACAUCAACCACCCGGCCAACGAGAGGGACCUGUUCCUCUCUCCACAGCUCGCCCGCGCGGUCAAACCCCACCAGAUCGGCGGGAUCCGGUUCCUGUACGACAACCUGGUGGAGUCUCUGGAGCGCUACGCCAACAGCAGCGGCUUCGGCUGCAUCCUGGCCCACAGCAUGGGCCUGGGCAAGACCCUGCAGGUCAUCUCCUUCAUCGACAUCCUGCUCCGCCACACGGGGGGGCACACCGUGCUCACCAUCGUCCCCGUGAACACGCUGCAGAACUGGCUGGCUGAGUUUAACAUCUGGCUGCCGGCGGCUGAAGCCCUGUCCGCGGAGAACGAUCCGGAAAACAUCAGUCCCCGCACCUUCAGAGUGCACGUCCUGAGCGAAGAGCACCGGACCACAGUGUCGAGGGCGAAGGUCGUGAGCGAGUGGUCAGAAGGGGGCGGCGUGCUGCUCAUGGGCUACGAGAUGUUCCGGGUGCUCUCCCUGAAGAAGAGCUUCAUCAGCGGGCGGAAGAAGAAGAGCAAGAAGCCUGUGGGCCCAGUCAUCAUCGACCUGGAUGAGGAGGAGAGGCAGCAGGAGAUGCUGAAAGACAUCGAGCGGGCGCUGUCCCAGCCCGGGCCGGACGUGGUCAUCUGUGACGAGGGUCACCGCAUAAAGAACUUCCACUCGGGCACGUCGCAGGCGCUGAAGAGCGUGCGCUCUCGGCGCCGGGUGGUGCUGACCGGGUACCCGCUGCAGAACAGCCUGAUGGAGUACUGGUGCAUGGUGGACUUCGUGCGGCCGGACAUCCUGGGCUCCCGACAGGAGUUCAGCAACAUGUUCGAGCGGCCCAUCCUGAACGGCCAGUGCAUGGACAGCACCGCCAAGGACGUGCGGCUGAUGCGAUACCGCAGCCACGUGCUGCACAGCCUGCUGGAGGGCUUCGUGCAGAGGCGUGGCCACGACGUGCUGAGGACGCACCUGCCCUUGAAGGAGGAGACGGUGAUCAUGGUGCACCUGUCGCCCCUGCAGAGGGCGCUGUACACACAGUUCAUGAGGCGCUUCCGGGAGGCGGGCAGCAGCGGCUGGCUGGGCCUCAACCCCCUCAAGGCCUUCUGCGUCUGCUGCAAGAUCUGGAACCACCCGGACGUGCUGUACGAGGCUCUGCAGAAGGAGAAUCUGGCCAAUGAGCAAGACCUGGACCUGGAUGAUCCCGCCCCCAGCCUGAAGGCCAAGCCUCCAGACUCCUCCCACAGCAAGCUGGGAGUGGCGGGAUUGAGCAUGGGCAUCACCUACGAAUGGGCAAAGGAUAUCAUGACUAAUUAUCAGACCGGCGUUCUGGAAAAUUCUGCCAAAAUGGUGCUUCUCUUCCACCUGAUCGAGGAAAGUGUAACCAGAGGCGACAAAAUCCUGGUUUUCAGUCAAAGCUUGUCCACAUUGUCUGUCAUUGAGGAGUUUUUGGCCAAGAGGCCCAUGCCCACCUGCAGAGGCACCAGUGAGAGCGACACCUGGAUACGCAAUGUCAGCUACUACAGGUUGGAUGGGAGCACAUCAGCCUCAGAGAGAGAGAGACUCAUCAAUCAGUUUAACAGCCCGGAGAACCACACGACCUGGCUCUUCCUACUGUCCACCAGGGCGGGCUGUCUGGGCGUGAAUCUGACGGGCGCUAACCGCGUGGUGGUGUUCGACGCCUCCUGGAACCCCUGCCACGACGCGCAGGCCGUGUGUCGCGUGUACCGCUACGGCCAGGGCAAGGCCUGCCACAUCUACCGCCUGGUCUGUGACUUCACCCUGGAGCGCAAGAUCUACGACCGCCAGGUCUCCAAACAGGGCAUGUCAGACCGUGUGGUGGAUGAGCUCAACCCCGUGCUCAACUUCACGCGCCGAGAAGUCGAGUCCCUGCUGCACUUCGUGGAGGAGGAGCCCGGGCCCGCCCCCUUGCUCCUGGACCCCCAGGACCAGAUGGAGGACAUCAUUCAACAAGCCUGUAUCAUUUAUCCCCAUCUCAUCACCAAGCGGCCGUUCCAUCACGAGUCCCUGCUCAUGGAGCGUAAGGAGACCAGGCUGACCCGCGCGGAGAAGAAGGCCGCCAAGAAGGGCUACGAGGACGAGAAGCGCGCGUCUGUGCCCCACCACCGCCCGGCGUUCCCCCACAACCGGCCAUCUUACCCACACUACUACCCCCCCGCCGGCCACGGCCUGCCCAACGCCCACAGCUUCAGCCAACGCAGCUGCCGCCUCCUGCCACGCCUGGAUGAGAAGCCGGUGGCCAGCGUCCGCCCUGUGCAGGCCACGCCCAUCCCCCUGAUGCCCCGCCAGGUGCCCCUGGGCCACGCCCCCUCCAUGGCUGCCGGCUCCAGCGCGGGUGUGGGCUUACCUGUCAGCUACCUGCAGAAGGCGGGGGUCUACGUGCAGAAGAUCGUCACUACCACCGACAUCACGAUUCCGGGAUCCAACAGCGCCACAGAUGUUCAAGCCCGCAUCGGUGCGGGAGAGACAGUCCAUGUCAUCAAAGGUUCCAAAGGAACCUACAUCAGGACCAACGACGGGCGGAUCUUUGCCUUCCGGACCGGCAGAAGCAGAGCAGGAGAGGAGCAUCUGGCCACCUCCAGAGUUUGGCAGCCGUCGCAGCCGAAGCUGGUGCCCCUGGGGGGCGAGCCCCGCCCCCUCUCUCCCAGCAGCCCGGAGCAGGAGCUGCGCCGAUUCGCCGCCGUGGCGGAGGCGGGGUCGGGGGAGGGGCCGGACGGGGAGCUGGGCGGGGCGGGGGGCGGGGCGCAGGCGGGCCCGGACGCCCUGCCCGGCCUGGGGAUGGGCGUGCCCCUGGACCUCCGCUCCGCCAAGCGGCCGGCCAAGGAGCCCCUGCGCAGGUCUCCCCCCGCCAAGCGGCCCGCGGCCCCCCAGAGCAGCUCCGCCGCCCCCUCCUUCCCCAGCUUCCCCCUGGGCCUGGGCUCCCUGGGGCCCACGCUGCUCAGCUCCAUGCUCAUGGGCGCCGCGCCCUUCUUCCCCCCGCAGGGGCGGCUGGGAGACCCGCGCCUGAUGUUCCCCAUGACCCCCGACCCCUACGGCACCGCGGCGGUCUCGUCCGCCGCCGCCUCUUCCUCCUCCUCCUCCUCUUCCUCCUCGGUGGCAGCCGCCGGCGCCGGCCUGGGCUCGCUGGCCGUGCCCCCCCUGGUGCUCCCGCCGGGGUUCCCCCUGUCCUACGGCCAGUCCCUGCUGUACCCCAACCCGCUGCUCUCCGCCGGCGCCCUGCCGCCCCCGCCCCCCUCCCCGCGGGGCGCGCUGGGGCUGGACGGGGGCAGCAGCUCGGACGAUGACGUCAUCGAGGUCACGCGACAGUGA